AUGGAGGAAAUGGUAUCAAUCAACACAAAGCCAGAGCCAGAGAUGGCAAUGGAGAAGAAGAACCCAACUGCAAUUGAUGGAGUGGUCUUGGGCAAGGGCAACACAACAACAUGUUGCAAUAAAACAAGGCAGGCAUCUGUGAUUCCAGCAAAGAGGAGAUUAGUGAAAAAGAUGAUGUUUGAGUCCACUGUCCAAUCUGUGGCCUCUGCUAAGAAUGACUAA